CUUUCUGAAUGUGUUCAUCUGUGCUGCAUGCAUACACAUUCUGACCUGAUAGUGACAUUUAGAAUAGGAUUGUUUCUUUACAAUAUUGUAUUUAAAGAGUUGCCACCUUUUAAUGUUCAAAUUGAUUUAAAUCACAUCCAAAUCUUAUUGUCCAUUGAGGUCUUUUUCAUGUAGUGAAAUGCUGUUUCCUUGUGGUUGCAUGUUGUGGCGUGGAUGUCCUGUAGGUGGCAAUGUGCAACUUCUUACCUAUUUCUUUAAACCUGAAAUGUCAUCAGUAAAGGUAUGUUUUGCCAUGAAACAUCACUGAUUAAUCAGCUUACACAGAAAUGUGGAAUUUUUUUAUGUUGUGGUAAAAAGUACCAUCUGGUUUUUCCUAACAGAGAAACUGCCUGUCUUUGUGUGACUCUGAUUAGUUCCUAUUAAGCAAAGAGAAGACAGCAUCUCCCAUAUUAGUGGUCCAGCAUUACAGUGUGUGUGUCCAGCUGCUCAGAGGACACCACAUCUGACAAAGAGCUCUUGUCUGAUAAUUUGGGACAAGCUAAUUGAAGUCACACAGACACACAGAAGAGUUUGAGGCCGCAAGGUCCCUAAAUCUGCUGCUUCCUAAUUCAAGUCAUAUCACAGUCCCAACUUCUCAUCAGGUAUAAGGCCGCCGUGGGACAACAUGAAGAGGCUUUGUGUGCUGCUGCUAAGCGCUACCAUUGUUAUGGUUUCCUCUGGAGUGGAGAGGAAAAACAAGAAUGUCAUCGACUUUCUCGAGAUUUUGAGGAACGUCUACUAUGAAGUGUUUGAAAGAUUCCAGCCGUACAUCAUCAACAGAGACGUGGAGGUAAACUCUGUUCAAGAGCCGAGCCACCCAAGGGACUUUACCACUAUCCAGCAAGCUGAGGACCAACCUGUCAGUGAGGGAGCACAGGAGGCUCCAGUGGUCUUCACCAAGUGUGGCCAGGUCAGGGGAGUAACUGUGGAAAAGGCACAUAUUUUCUAUGGGGUACCAUAUGCAGACCCCCCUGUUGGGGCUUACCGAUGGAAACCCCCCAGACCCCUGAGCUCUUGGCAGGAGGUUUACGAAGCCACUUUCCCACGGGCGGCAUGCAUGCAGGUCUGCAGUGGACCCAUCACAGAUGAGUGCCCAAAAAUGGUCAGUGAAGACUGUCUCUUCCUCAACAUCUUUGUACCUCGGAGUGUGGACUUCAGUGAGCCUGUGCGGCGCCCCCUGCCUGUCAUGGUGUGGAUCCAUGGUGGGGAUUUUAUUGCUGGCUCUGCCUCCAAACCCAUCUAUGAUGGACGCUUCAUUAGUAACUUCACCAACACAGUUGUUGUCAACCUGGAAUACCGACUAGGUGCGUUUGGGUUCCUGGUUUCGGGCAAAGAUCCUCAUACGUCAGCCACAGGGAAUUAUGGGAUUUUGGACCAGCAGAUGGCUCUUCUUUGGGUCCAGCAGAACAUUGCUAUGUUUGGAGGCAACCCUAGUAAGGUGACAAUUGUUGGGGAAAGUGCAGGAGCUCAGUCGGUAAGCCUCCACCUGAUGAUUCAGAGCAGCCAGCCUCUGUUCACACAGGCCGUCCUGCAGAGCCUGCCCUUCUCCAUCCCUCUGAAGACCAGACACGAUGCCCUGAAGCUGGGAAAACACUUUGCUCAAAAGACCAACUGCUCUGUGAGCGACUUCGUCUGCCUGCUGUCUCUCAGCCCACAGGCCAUCCUCACUGCACAGAUGAAAACCAGCGCUAAGAUUAUAAAUCCGUUUCGGUUUCUGGAGGCUUUUGAAACGUGGGGUCCGUUUAUAGACGAUGAGCUGAUCAAAGAGCAGCCAAUCACUGCCUUUCAGAAGGGCCACUGGCAAAACGAGAAGCCAGUGCUGAUGGGUACAACCUCAGAGGAAGGUGUGCUCUUUGUGUUUGCCUUUUUCAACAAGCCAGUUUCUGCCUUGGAGAGCGUGGUGUACGUCACCGCUAUCUUCAAACAGCACGCUCUGAGGGUCCUGCACAAAUACCUGCCCCUGUACAAAGAUGCCGACCGCAGGACUAUGCUUGCUCAGAUUGUCACAGAUUAUGUGUUCCUGUGUCCAUCACGGAGGUCGGCGCGGGCAGGCACAGUAGCUGGCAGCCACCUGUGGAUUUACACGUUUGACCAUGUGGCGUCAGACCACAGUGUGUGGUCAGGUCUCACCUUCUGUUACCAGCAUGUCUGCCACGGUGCUGAGCUGCCCUUCCUUUUUGACUCCGCCCUAGUGGCCAACUACACUCUGUCCUUAGCAGAGAAGUUAUUCUCCAAUCGGAUGCUGUGCUACUGGGGAGCCUUCACCCACACAGGGGACCCAUCUUCCAGGGUUCAACAAACGGCUUUCUGCCGGGAGCAACGUCUGCCUGUGUGGCCACAAUACUCUGACACCAGUGAGUGGCUCGUCAUGAACCUGACGGUGCUGUUACAUGCACAGGUGGAAACCAGAAACCACAUAUGCGACUUCUGGGACCAGCUUGGAAUCUACUGAUGCCAAAACAACUUACAUGUUUUCAGUGACAAAUUGUACUUUAACAGUUUUAAAAAUUUCUAAAAUUGUUUUGUGAAAAUUAUGAGAAAAACCUCAUACUUACUCUUUUAAAUUUAGUGGAAUUUGUAUAAAUGUGUAUUUAUGUUCGUGUUUAAUUAGCAGAUCAAUCUGUACUUGAGCUGUUUGAUAAACACACGCCUUUGCCUUUCUUUAACUGGCAAGUUUUCUGCUUCACAAAGCACUAAAAGAAGCCUGUUUAUGGUGAAAAGUAUCAAGGACAAAGCCUAGGCUCUGAAUGUGACACAUUAAAACAAUAUUGUUAUCCAAAAGACGAAAAUAUAUCAAUUGCAAAAUAAAAAAUAAAUUCCACAUUUUUUGCGGU